UUCUGACUUGGGCGUUUUAUACCUCGGGUUCUAAUAAUGAUUUGGGAAAUUGAACUCUAUCUGUACCGCAUGUGCUCUUUCAGCUGAGCGUGGAACCGUGCUGGUCGCGGUCAGUCGGUGCCGGAUUAAUUCCUCGUGUUGUUAUGGCUCUUGGUAGUGAAGUGACUGACGAUAAUUCUUCAAGACAUACGUCUCAUAAAGUGAAAAAAUGUCCAGUUAAUAACAAUGUGAGCAUUAAAAGUGGUAGCGAGAAUGUUAACAAAGAAAAAGCGGAGAAGCACUCGGCAAAGAUGAAUAAAGAUUGUGGGACAAAGCCAGUUAUAUGUAGCAAUGGUAACUCAAGUACGCCGAAUGGACGAGCGGAUGACGAAGGUGGCGGCGGUGUUACGUCCAUACCUCGUGUAUCAUAUGCAGCCGCUGCUAAGAAAGCUCUAUCGCCAACAAUCAACAAUGAUCCCAUGCAAUUCCCGACUGCUGCGGAAUGCCAGAAAGUUAAUAAAAGUGAGAAAUCUUUACAAGCAAAUUCUGUUGAUACGACAAUAAAUAUAAACGGCGAAAAAUCUAUAUCUAAUGAUAAUCAUUGUAAGAAGGAUACAAUAAGCACCAAAGAACCAAUAACUAACGGCACUGAAAUAAAUAGCAUACACAUUGUUAAUGGUAACCCACAAAAAAGUCCUGAUUGUGAUAUUAGUAAUAGUAAUAAUACUAAACUAGUUUCUAAUGGUAUUAACAGUGAUUUGGAAGAAACCAAAUCAGAUGAAAUGAGUACAGUUUCGCCAACUGAUGUAACACCAAAUGUUUCGAAUGUAAGUCUAAAUAAAAGAAAAGAAAGUAAAAAAUCUGCUGCGUUGGAAAAGAAUAGUCAAUCCGAAAAGUCUAAAUCUCCUGAAAAACCUAAUGAUGAUAAGGAGAUUGAAAAUAAUGAUAUAAAUUCCAACAACUGCUCAGAGAAGGCUAACGGUGAUACCAAUAAAAUCGUUAACGGCGAUAAAGAUAGAGAGUCAUCACCAAGUGAAGAUGGUGAUGAUAAGAAAAGAGAUGCCGAAGUAGUCUUUAUUCAGGAUAUGGGUUUUACUGUGAAAAUUGUAAGUCCAGGCGCUGAGCCCCUUGAUAUUCAGGUGUCAAGUAUGGAAUUAGUACAAGAAAUUCACCAAGUUUUAAUGGAUCGGGAGGAUACAUGCCAUAGAACCUGUUUCUCUCUUCAAUUAGAUGGCGUGACAUUGGAUAACUUUGCUGAGCUGAAAAAUAUUGAAGGAUUAAAAGAUGGAUCCAUUAUUAAGGUUGUUGAAGAACCGUAUACAAUGCGUGAGGCGCGUAUUCACGUCCGCCAUGUGCGGGAUCUGCUGAAAUCAAUAGAUUAUGUGGAUGCCUAUGCCGGUCAAGAAUGCAGCUCUUUAGCGUUUUUGAAUGUUAUUACACAGGGUGAUAUUUUAGAAAAGAAAAAAUCUAGGCCUGAGAGUGUGGACUGCACUCCCCCAGAUUACAUUAUGCCUGGAAGUACUGAACGACCCUUGCUACCCCUACACCCGGGCUUAACUAAAGAAAAUAAAGCUCCACAAUGUUUAAAGGUGUUAACAACAUCUGGCUGGAAUCCACCACCGGGACCACGUAAAAUGUGCGGAGACUUGCUGUAUCUGCACGUGAUUACAUUGGAGGACCGGCAGUUCCAUAUCACUGCUUGUCCGCGCGGUUUCUACCUCAAUCAAUCCACCGAAGAAGUGUUCAACCCUCGACCAUCUACACCAUCUCUAUUGUGCCACUCACUAAUAGAGCUCCUUAGUAUUGUAUCGCCUGCGUUCAAACGUAACUUUGCGCUAGUGCAGAAGCGACGCAUGCAGAAGCACCCCUUCGAACGAGUUGCCACGCCUUAUCAAGUCUACCAAUGGGCGUCGCCUAUGCUUGAACACACAGUUGACGCUAUUCGGGCUGAAGACACGUUCUCUUCCAAACUGGGUUAUGAGGAGCACAUCCCAGGUCAGACGCGAGACUGGAACGAAGAGUUGCAAACGACGAGGGAGCUACCGCGAGCCACGCUGCCGGAGCGGUUGUUGCGGGAACGAGCCAUUUUUAAGGUGCACAGUGACUUCGUAGCCGCCGCGACACGCGGUGCGAUGGCGGUCGUAGAUGGUAACGUGAUGGCCAUCAAUCCCGGCGAGGAGCCCAAGAUGCAGAUGUUCAUAUGGAAUAAUAUAUUCUUCUCGCUCGGCUUCGAUGUGCGCGAUCAUUAUAAGGACCUCGGUGGGGAUGCUGCUGCUUUCGUUGCACCGCGCAACGAUCUUCAAGGUGUGCGCGUAUACAGCGCAGUGGACACGGCCGGGCUGCACACGCUCGGCACUGUGGUAGUGGACUACCGGGGCUACCGUGUCACGGCGCAGUCCAUCAUACCCGGGAUACUGGAGAAGGAGCAAGAGCAGAGUGUCGUAUACGGGAGCAUUGACUUUGGCACCACGGUGCUGUCGCAUCCGAAGUACAUGGAGCUGCUAAGCAAAGCAGGCCAGCAAUUAAAGAUCAUGCCCCACUCAGUAAUCAGUGCGAACGGUGAAACAGUGGAACUUUGUUCCAGUGUAGAAUGCAAGGGCAUCAUCGGCAACGACGGCCGCCAUUACAUUCUCGAUUUAUUGCGUACUUUCCCACCAGAUGUUAACUUCUUGCAGUUGCAAGACGAUGAACUGAGAGAGGACAUAAAAUCAAUGGGAUUCCCAAUUAUUCAUAAGCACAAAUUGUGUUGCCUUAGACAGGAAUUGGUGGAUAGUUUUGUUGAGGCUCGUUAUUUUAUGUUCAUUCGCUAUGCGGCGUUCCACUUACAACAGUUGAGUGCGAAACGUAACAAGGCACCAGAACAGAAAUCUAUUGAGGUAAAUAAAGAAUCUGACAAGAAAGAAGUUGUUGCUGAAACAGAGAAAGAAAAGAGGGACAGUAAGAGUCAGGAGAAGGAAACGAAAGAUAAAAAGGGAAAGGAUGCUAAGGAUAAGAAGACAAAGAAAGAAGAAAAGGUAGAGAAGGAUGAAAAGGUUGAGGAGGAAAAGGAAGUGAAGAAAGAUGUGGAAAAAGAUAGCGAAGAUUUACUUCUAAAUGAAAACCUUUCUGAAAUCGACACAGAUGUCGCAAAGAAAAUAGUUGAAAGUAUUACAGAUUCUAUAUGUAGUGGAGAGAAACAGGAAAAUGAUUCCGGUGAACGUUCACGUGCAGUGGUUGCUGCAGCUGCUCGUGCUGUAGCAUCUCUGAAGGAGUCCGAAUUCGAUGUCCGCUUUAACCCGGACGUUUACUCGCCGGGCAUCAAACACGCGGCCUCGCCAGAGCAGCUUGCUAAACAGCGGCACCUUGUUAAGGAGGCCGCAGCCUUCUUGCUUACUACUCAAAUUCCUGCUUUUGUCCGCGAGUGCCUCGAGCACACGUCCGCUCCAAUGGACGGUGCUGGCUUGACUGAGGCUUUACACGCGCGAGGUAUCAACGUGCGUUAUCUUGGACGCGUUGCUGUCGCGCUGCGGUCGCACGCCUCGCUCAGUUAUCUGCAUGCUAUCGCGGUGGCAGAGCUCAUCUUGCGUGCUGCCAAGCACGUUUAUACAACUUACUUGCAGGGCUGCGAGGCGAUGUGCACGGGCGCGGCCGUGUCCCACUUCCUGAACUGCCUGCUCGGCGCGUGCGGCUCGCCCGUGGCGCCGGCGGGCGAGGCGCCGGCGGCGGCGCGCUCCACGCGGCCGCGCGGACGCCGCGCGCGCCGCGCCCGCCACGCCUCGCCCCCCUCGCCCGCCUCGCCCUCCCCCGACUGGCAGAACCUCACGCCCAAGGCGCUCUUCGCGCAGAUUAAACAGGAGCUGAAGGCAUACUGGGGAUAUGACUUGAAUGCCGAAAAUAUGGAUGCAGUUAUAGAGAAACAUGGCCUUCAAAAAAUCUCGUUGCUUAGGUCAUUCGCAAUUAAGGUCGGCCUGCAAGUAAUGCUAAGGGAAUAUGACUUCGACAAUAAAAAUAAAACCACUUUCUCUUCAGCUGAUAUUAUGAAUAUAUUCCCGGUUGUUAAACAUAUCAACCCAAGAGCGUCGGACGCGUACAACUUCUACACGACCGGGCAGAACAAGAUCCAGGCGGGCGCCGUGUCGGAGGGCCACGAGCUGAUCGGCGAAGCGCUGAACCUCCUCAACAACGUGUACGGCGCGAUGCACGGCGAGAUCGCGCAGUGCCUGCGCAUGGUCGCGCGCCUGUGCUACGUCACCGGCGAGCACCGCGACGCGAUGGCCUACCAGCAGAAGGCGGUGCUCAUGUCCGAGCGCGUCAACGGCAUCGACCACCCCUACACCAUUACGGAAUAUGUGAGUGCGAACUUAUUCAAGAAUAGAAACAAUUUGAUCGAGAGG